AAAUUUAUUUAAAAGAAAUAUUUUGGGAGUCAAAAGUCGGUUUUUCCUUUGGGUUCUCUCUACAAUAUCAACGUUUAGGGUUUUAGACCGCUAAAAAUAAUUACAGUCGGCGAUGGGGAAUCCAAAGCAGAAGUGGACGGCGGAGGAAGAAGAAGCUCUACGCGCUGGCGUUGCAAAACACGGAACCGGUAAAUGGAAGAACAUCCAGAAAGAUCCCGAGUUCAACCACUUCCUAUAUUCUCGCUCCAAUAUCGAUCUCAAGGAUAAAUGGCGGAAUAUGAGUGUCAGUGCAAAUGGGCAAGGUCCAAGGGAAAAAUCAAGAACACCAAAACCAAAAGCUACCACAGAUUCACCUGCUACUGCUAUUCCCUUAGCCAUUACAUGGACUCCUGGUUCUUCAGCUGCAGCUGUAGUUGAUCCAGCAUCUACAGAUGUGCAAAUGGAUGAUUCUUCAAAAUGUCUGUUAGAUGGAAAGACAGCUUCAAAGUACAAUACAAUGAUCUAUGAAGCACUGUCAACCCUAAAAGAUCCAAAUGGGUCAGACACCAGUGCAAUUGUCAGUUUCAUUGAGAAAAGGCAUGAGGUGCCACAAAAUUUUAGGAGGUUAUUAAGUUCAAGGCUAAGAAGGCUUGUUGCGCAAGAAAAACUUGAAAAGGUCCAGAACUGCUAUCGACUUCGAAGGGAGUCAGCGAAUGGAACAAAGGGCCCGAUUUCAAAACCGAAAGAGAUUCGACCGAGAAUAUCUCAAGUCAACAGUUAUCUUGGUGGGACAUUAGAAGAAGCAGCGGUUGCUGCUGCGUAUCAAGUUGCAGAAGCGGAAAACAAAUCGUUUGUAGCAGCAGAAGCUGUUAAAGAGGCAGAAAGAGUCUCCAAAAUGGCCGAAGAAGCAGAAGCAUUUUUACAGCUCGCCAAAGAGAUUUACGAGAGAUGUUCGCGUGGCGAAGUGGUGAUGGUGGCGUAGUGCUAUUGUAAUCUUUGGUGGAGGUGGUUAUUGUUAGUUAGUUUAUUAUGUGUCAUGAAGGUGGUAGUAGUUUUAUAUAAAAUUCAAUUUCGUUUAUUAUAAUGUCUAGUGGUGUUGGGGAAGUGGUUUAAACUUUAACACACCGUUUCGUAUAAAUUGUGAAUGUCUUAAGUAA